AUGACCCUCGCAAAGAAGACAACGUUGUUAUUGGCAGCGUGUACUUGGAUAGCCAUUACAGAGGCCCAAAACACAUUGCCAGUACUUCCAUCGUGCGCGACAUCUUGCCUCUCCACUUUCGACGGCGACUCGCCAUCAGCGAACACAACAUGCAGCACUUUAGACAUCAAGUGUAUCUGCCAAGAUGCGCCAUACCUCGACAGCAUGAUCUGUUGUCUGCACGAAGCCUGCUCUAAUAGCGACCGUGAAAGCGCCGAGGCUUACUCAAGGUCUCUAUGCAAGAGUUUGGGCGUCACGAUGCCGUCCGGGCUGGGAUGUUCUACGAAUACUUCAUCAUCAGCAACGGGGAAAGCGACGAGCGCCGACGGAAUUUCUAUCCCAACAGAAUCGAGCGGUACAUCUUCCGAUAGCAACACAGGGGCUGGUGGUAGUUCUUCCGAGAAUAGCUCGGGAAGCGACUACGGAUCUUCUAGCAGCCACCACAAGAUACAUCAUAGCUCGAAAGCUGGGCUUGGUGCUGGUCUUGGCGUAGGGCUCCCUGCUGCAGCCGCACUAAUAGGGGGUAUCCUCUAUCGUCUCCGCAGAAAGAAGAACGCACCAACUGCACCACCGACAGCGCCGAAUUUGACGAAUGGUAUUAAUGAGCUCCCUGCUGGUUCGAAUCCUCCCCACUUUCAGCCUCAACCUCAACCGGUUGGGACAUAUCCUCAAGCCGGACUGGCGGCGUAUGGAGCGGUCGAAGAAAAGUAUACUAGUCAAAUGGGAGUAACCGCAGCUUCAUCCCCAGUCCAUGAGUUGCCGCCUCAACAUCAGCCACAGUCCGGAUUGCCUCCAUACGCAUCACCCCCUGUUCAUGAAUUGCCCUUGACUGGAUGGCAGCAACCUGAGUUGCCGGGAAGCACGGUACCUCCUGUGCAUGAACUACCACUCAAUCCGCAUUUGAAUCCGGGGCCACCGGGCAGCCAACCGCACUAG